AUGUCCAAGUGGAAACCAGUAAUGAGCAGUGUCCCUCAAGACUCCAUACUGGCACCAAUUCAAGGUCCUGCACCUGGGUUGGGGCAGCCCAGGGAUGGACUCAGCAAGCUGGAGGAUGAAGGAGUUGAGAGCAGCCCUGUGGAGAAGGACUUGGGAAUACUGGUGCAUGAAAAAUUGGACAUGAGCCCCACCCAGUACGUCCUUUUACCCAGACAUUAUGUGAAGAAUAAAGUUAGUGAGACAAAUGAGGAGUUAAGGAAGAAAGGCAAAAAUGGAGUUCUGUGGAAACCUACUCAUGACCAAAGCAGCUUGGCAAAGGUGUUGGAAAGCAGCGUGGCAGAAAAGGCCCUGGGGGUCCUGGUGGACACCAAGUCGACCAGGAGCCAGCAAGCAGUGCACGCCUGUCCCAGCAUCACCCCAGCCGCUGCUCCGCCAGCGCGUGCGGCUGAGCCAGGGCCGUGCGACGAGGAAGAGGGACCUCCUCCUCUUCGGCGACGCCUUGGUCAUCGCCAAGCCCAAACGGGGCAGCGCCCCGCGCCCGCAGCUCUGCCUGGCCCUGGGCCAGCUGCAGGUGCUGAGCAGCAGGAAGGGGGCAGCCGGGGAUGCCGCCCAGGAGGAGGAGGAGGGCCGGCACACCAACUCCCUCGUCCUCGUCUGGCCCUGCGGCUUCUGCACCGUCACUUUCCCGUGAGUCUGGCUGCCACGUCCCGCGCCAGGGCUGGGCAGCGCCUCUGUCCUGCCCCACGGGCCUUCGUCCUGCCUCUGCAGCUGUCCCCACGGGGCAGGGCUGUGCCGGCGCCCGCCUCUGCCCGCAGCCUGGGCAGCAGCGGGCACUCAGGCUGUUUCUCCUCUCUCUCUUGCCGCAGCUCCCGGGCACUGAAGGAGCUCUGGCUCAGCGCGCUCCUUGGGCCACCAGAAGGAGUGGAAGGAGCCCGGGUGACCCAGCUGCCCUCCAUCAAGCUCCUGCUGCAGGAGCUGAGCGGCCGCAAUGCCGUGAGUGUCCCUCCUGCCUCCGCUCUGCCCAGCCCCGAGGCUGCUCCAGCCCAGCAUCAGGCUGGUGCAGAGCAGCGGCCACCUCCCGUCCCCUCCGGCGGCAGCAGCGAACGUGGCCUUGGCCCCUCGGCUGGUGAGUGCGGAUGCAGAAGACGGGGGCAGGACGGCCCUUCUCCCCUCCUCUGCCCGGCGGCCACUCCUGCUGCACUGGCGCUGCUGCUGCCCUUCCCGCAGGGCACGGCCGUCCCCAUCGCUCUGCGGCGGGACAGAGCUGAGCCCCGGGGCCCCUCGCUCCCAAACGGCGCCCCUCUGCCUCUGCCUCUGCCUUGCUUUCAGCGGCGGGGGGACAGCGCCCAGAGGCCCCGGGAGCGCUCGCCCGGCGCUUCUCCUCCUCCACGGCUCUUUGCUCUCUUGUCCUUGGCAGCAGGCGGGACCCGCAGGAGGAGGAGGGGGCUGCCCUGGCCCUUCGCACGGCGGCGAGGCAGCUCGGCCGCUGCAGAGGCAGCCGGGCAGUCGGGCUCUGGCGGCAGGGGGGCUCUCUUCGGCCAGCCCCUGGCAGCUCUCUGCAGCCAGGACGGCACGCUGCCCCAGCCCAUCCAGGACCUGCUGGCUCUCUUGGCCGAGCACGGGCCAUCCACGGAGGGGAUUUUCCGGCUGGCGGUCAAGGAGCACGUCUCCCGGGAGCUGAGGGAGGCCCUCGACAGCGGAGCAGAGGUCCACCUUGAAAGCCAGCCUGCGCACGUGCUGGCCGUCCUCCUGAAGGACUUCCUGCGGAAGAUCCCCUCUAAGCUCCUCGGGGCAGAGCUGUACGAGGAGUGGAUGAGCGCCCUGCAGAAGACCAGCAGGCAGGAGAAGCUGGCAGCACUCAGGGAGGUGGCCGGCAAGUUGCCCCAGGCCAACCUCCUGCUCCUCAAGAGCUUGCUGUCCCUGCUGCAAAGGAUCAGCAGAAACGCGGCCAGCAGCAGGAUGACUGCCGGCAACCUGGCCAUCUGCGUGGGGCCGAACCUGCUCAGCCCACCCGAGGAGCAGACGCUGCCCCUGGACGCCCUGGUGCAGGUGACGGGGCAGGUGACAGGGCUGGUGGAGUUCCUCAUUGAGCACCACGGGGACCUCUUUGGGGAGGAGGUGGCCGGGCUUGCCGGCACAUCGGCCGAGGAGUCGCCGGCACCAGGGCUGGAAGCAGAGACAGCAGAGGUGCCUCCAGUCGCUGCAGAAAGCCAACACCUGAAGAGCUCCUCUGGGGAGAGAAGCUUGCCAGGCUCUUCACAAGAAAACAGAAAGCGAAAACUGACCUGUGAAGAGGGGAGCGACGGGCACCCGGGCAGGAAGAGGAGAAGGCUGGAGAGGGAGCUCUCGGGGAUGGGCGACUGAGACGAAAUCCAAGCAGGGCGAGAAGAACGAGGAGGCCAGGUGCCGAUGUGGUUUUGCUGCUUGGAUUCCCCGGAUGAGCUGCGACGCCUGGGCUUGGAGGGGCACGAUGCAGCCCCAGCACCCCCUCGGCGGAGGCGAGGAGAGAGGCACCCAUGCCCUUCUGCUCUGGCCGGCAGAUUUCCCUCGUGCUCCGCUCAGCCGGAGAGCCCCGCACCGCCGUCAGACCCCCCCAGCCUGCGCAGGAGGCCUUGCUGGCUCCCUCAUCAGCUCCCUCAACAAAUGCCCACCGGCUGGCACGUCUCCCCCGGUGGGGAGCUGGCCUGUGACCUUCAGAUUCGAGGGAGGGUGUUGUGGGUGGCGGUGUCUGUUGUCUGGGAGGGAGGGACACGGGGGACGGCGUUUAUGCUGGACAGCACGUCCCAUACUACAAACCCCUCCAGGGUAUGUCAUAAACCUGUUAGGAUGUAGUACAGCUAUGUGUUAGGAUGUACUUAUUGAGGAUUGGUACAAUGAUGGCAUAUAAAGCCUUUGAGAACUGCAGGGCCAUGCAGCCCUGAACUGCACCAAAAGCUGAAGUGCUCCACCAGUUGCAAAGUAGUGAUCCAUGGGGUGAAGCACUUUUGCCAUGUGCAGAGCUGAGUCUUACAACAAAUACAAAAAGGAGCUGAUCCUAAUUUGCUUAAGAUACACUGGAACUGUGCAUCCAGGUGAUACCCACUGAUGGCCAAAACUGGCAUUUUCCCCAGUAGUUCAUCUCUCUUGAUAAGUCCAUAACCUGGGAUUCCAGCAAUCCUCUAUUACUAUGUCUUUUAGAAACAAAUUUUUGUAUAUACUUUAUACUUUUUUGGAUACAUGUUCUAGUAUUAACCUGAAAAUGUAGUGUCUUAGCUCCCUUUCCCCCCUUAAGCCCAUAUAGGUACAUUGAUAAGUGUUCUGCUUUAGUGUUUUUGCAAUUUAGAAAGUAGUCAUUUCACAUUCUUUGAGCAUACGCUUCUAGGAAUUUUAUUUCAUCAGACUAAUGUUAGAGUGAUUUUUCAACUAUAGCAGUAAAAAACCAGAAAGAAUGACAAAAGUCUUAUUCCCCUACCUUGCCAUCUGCAUCCAGCAGUUUGCAAAAUGGAAAAGAAACUCUGCUGAGAGAAUAUAUGGAUUAGGAAAGAAAUGACAGCAAGAUUAUUAUGAAUGCAAAAGAAGAAGGGUAGCUUGUCACACAACUUACCUGACACUCCUUGAGUGGGUGUCGAGAAGGUGGAUAAUGCCAGCAGAGCUGCAUUGCUUUUUUUUUAUACAGGAACGAAGCACUGCACCUUUAAAAAAAUGCAAAUAAGCUCCAGAAAAGUAUUGGCUUGCCAUUGGAAUACAGCUACAUAUAUUAUCCACCUGUUAAGGUCAGGAAGUAAAGAGAAGAUCAUUUCUAAAAGAAAAUGCAGACAGGAGCAUUGAAUUACUCCACUGCAUUUUUAUUCACAACAACUCAUCCUUGCCAGACAGAUGCUGAACCAACUUGGUCAGUACAAGAAGAGAGCAGCCAUUGCUGCUCUUGGGUCAGUGCAAGUUCUUGUCUGCAGCGUGCAGCAGAAUACCCUUUCUUACAGUUCUUGCUCAGACGUGACUAGCUGGCAGUUUUCACGAGGUUAAUAACUCCAGAGCAGCUCUAUCAAAAAUCCCUUUCUUAUUUCUUUUCCAGCAGAUCAGCUCUCUCUGAACCGAGGCAAACACCCCCCUUUCUGUCAGUCAUAGCUGGAGUUUUGAAACCAGCUUUUCCCAAAACUCCAAAUAUUGAAAGAACCUCUGUUGGUUUAAUGCUUGAGCCCUGUCUGAUGUCCAGUGGGGUCGAGCUCCUUUGAGAAGGAAAAUUCCCUAUGGUACUCAAACAGGAGAAACAUCAGAUGUCAAGACCUUACUGUGGGCAUCUUUCUUACCAUGUCCCUGCCAUUCAUUCACCUGCCUCGGUGCUUAAUUGAGAACUGCAGAUCAGCAUUUGGUCCAGAGUUACUAACCACAACAUGUGCUCCAGAUGUUGCUGCUCUGCAGGGCCAAUAUGGGCAGGCAGAUACUGUACCUGCCAUCUCUGGAGCUUAGGUCACACAAGGAAGGCAAAUCAAGGAUGCUAAGUGCACUCACAUCACACAAGCAUUUGGACCAGAGUCGAUGGUGCUAUUGUACACGCAGCUGUUUAUUUGCUAGUGCUUUAUACAGAUGUAGAGUCUCUGAUAAAACAUCAGAAUACAAAGUUGUGCCCCUUUCUCUUCUCCAUAGCACGGAUGUGCCAAUGUAUAUUGGGACAUUUUAUAAAUAGAGGAUUAUUUAAAUGCCAAUAGGAAAUGAUAGCAGGCAUGCCAGCCAUCUGCAAACAAAGCUGUCUCAAAUCUGAGUACUGACAGAGUGAUUGGGUUGUAAUCACGCUGAGUGACCGACAUCUGCCUAUUCCCCUCGCCUUUGCUGGAAUACAUUGUACGGACUGUCUGCAGUUCCUAGCACUUCUUCCUAUGUCCUUCUUUCUGAAAUUGAUGCCUAUUUCUUUACAGAAAUAAAGUGUCAAAUGUA